GUAAACACAUAAUAUAAGCGGUUACUUAUUUAACUGAAAUAGGAAAGUUCUUGUAUCGGUGUGUAUAGUGUUGAAUAGUUCCGUCGAUAUGGGCGAUGUAAGAAAAAUAAAGAUCGGAAUUAUCGGAGGUUCGGGCUUCGAUGAUCCGACGCUUUUCGAGAAUCAAAUCGAAAAGGAGGUGGUCACGCCGUUUGGCAGACCCUCGGACGUACUGAUAGAGGGUCAAAUCAAACGGGUCCAAUGCGUUCUGCUGGCACGACACGGCAGAAAACAUCAACUUCAACCUAGCGAUGUGAACUAUCGAGCUAAUAUUUGGGCACUGAAGCAAGUCGGCUGCACUCACAUCCUCGCCACGACCGCCACCGGGUCUCUAGUUGAAGAAUACAGGCCUGGAGAUCUGGUCAUAUUGGACGAUUUCAUUGAUAGGACUUGGGGUCGGAAGUGCACGUUUUACGACAACACGGAGGGGAGUCCGCGCGGCGUGUGCCACCUGCCCAUGCGGCCGGCGUAUUGUGAGAGGGCGCGCGCCGCACUGUACAGCGCGGCCAAGUCCAGAGGGUACUCGUGCCAUGAAACCGGAACUGCGGUUGUCAUACAGGGACCCAGAUUCUCAAGUCGCGCCGAAAGCUUGGUCCAUAGACAAUGGGGUGGCCAUCUUGUAAACAUGACAACUGUCCCUGAGGUUGUGUUAGCUAAAGAAGCCGGCUUGAGUUACGCUGCCGUGGCACUAGUCACAGAUUACGAUUGUUGGAGGGAAAAUGAAAAAUCCGUCUCGGUGAGCGAAGUUCUGGCAACAUUCUCGAAGAACGUUAAGAAGGCUGCGGAUGUUAUCGUAGACGCAGUUCAGAUAUUAGGAGCUGAUACCGACCUCCAAUACCUGGACGAUCACCAGGAACUCGUCAAAUCGGCCAUAAUGCUCAAGGACUGACGGACCGCCCGCACCAUAUUUCUAUACGUAUACA